AUGGCCCAGUCGACUUCAUCGACGCAACUGGAACUGACACACUUGGAGGACCUCAAGCCGAAAUAUGUUCUUGGACGUGUAAGGCCCAUAGACUUGCAUAUCGCCUCAAUGAAGAAAAACCUGGAAUUCCACAAUCAAGUGGAGAUUUACGACGCGUAUCCUCCCGGUAUCUUGGAUGGCUGGAACGAAAUGUCCAGAGACGAGUUCUUCAGAUACUUCAGUCGGAAAAAGAGCGGUGGAAGCGACAUGACAGACACAGAACAUUGGAUCGCUGUCUACAUCGGGCACGGCCGCCCACCAUCACAAGACUUUGUGCUUCUGCGCAGUCUCCAGGCCGAACAUCUGACUCCUCUCCUUCGUCUAUUGUCGCGGCUGUACGACAUCCAGGACCGAUUCAUCAAGCAUCGCGACCCAACGUCUUGCCACCGAGAUCUAUGUUGGCUGUAUGGCGAGAUGCAGAAAGAGUACAGCACAGCCCUGCCAACUAUCGCUUCCAACUUGUCCGACCUGUCAAACGGGCUUGAAUGUCUGACCAUGGUGAGUGGCUUCUAUGUUCAUGUGAUGAACAUGGUAGCGCUGUCCAAUACAUGGUCACCAAUGCUCCAAGACAUGAUAUUUGGACCCCAGAAGGCUCUGAUCGACGCAGAGAAGACGCUCCUCAAGCUCCUUAAGCGACAUGUGCGCCUCAAAGUUCCUCAACCGGUCAACUAUCCGCAAAGAAAGUAA